AUGUUUAUUGAUGCGAAUAAACUCAUUGAAACAAGUUCCGGAGCCGGAUCUGAAGACGUGCGUACUGUUUCAAAGUCAGAAUCAUGGCUUUUCUUCUGGCUUGGAAAUGUUUCUCUUCUAGUUUUUAAUAUCGCAAUCAAUGCAAUUGACAUUUAUGCUAUAAUUACAAAUGAUAAAAAUAUAGGAAAUGAUUUAAAUCGUGCUUACAACAUCCCUUCAUCAAUCGCAGCGUUAAUUUUGUGUUUUGUCACAAUUCGAAAUCAUAAAAGAUCAUUUAUCAUCAGUAUUACAUCAUUACUCAUCAUUGUAAGUGUAAUGGCUGCAUCUAUGAUAAUCAAAAUGCCAGCAAAAAUAGUUUAUUACAUUUCAGUUGUUUCUAUUGGCUUAAGUGGUGUUUUUUCAGCAAUUAUAUUGUCCAGUUCGUUCGCGUUAGCUACACAAUUUGCUCCUGAAUCAUCUACUUCUGUUUCCUCAGGAAAUGGAUUAUGUGGCGUCCUUGCAGCAGCUCUUAGAAUUACUACUAAGGCAGUAUUCUCUUCCGAAUCAUCGUUAAAAUACUCAUCAUUUUGUUACUUUAUUUUAACGGCAAUAAUUAUUUUGGCUACUUUAAUUUAUUUCAUCAAAAAAGUGAAUCAGCCAUCGAUUUCAAGUAAAUUUAUAUUUCCAGCAGAAACAGUAGACAUCAAAUCUUUCCUACGCUCAUUAAAAGGAACAUUUAAACACAUAAGUUUGUUAUGGAUAGGUUGUGUCCUUGAUUUCAUGAUCACAUUGACUAUUUUCCCAGGUUAUGUUUGUGCUGGACCAGAAGGAGCUUUGAAAUCAUGGAAUCCAGUUUGUAUUACGACGUUUUUCUGUAUUUUUGAUUGGCUUGGCCGUUGGUUGCCAUCAAAGUUCUUAUGGCCAUCUCUGAACUUAACAAUCUUCCCUAUUUUACUUCGUUUGCUAUUUUUCCCUAUCGAAAUCAUUUCUCUUCAGAAAGUCUUGAAUCUUGGCGAGCCAUGGUUCACAUUAUUCAUGCAAAUACCAUUUGCAAUAACAAAUGGAUACUUUGGUACAACAGUAAUGAUUUAUGCCUCAAUUCAUCCGAAAUUAACUGAUGAACAGAAGAAAACAGCAGGAUUCAUGAUGUCUUUUGCUAUUAAUUUUGGAAUUAUCAUUGCUAUGUUCUUGACAUAUGCAAUGCCAAUACCAAAGGCUUAA